UUGACACCCAAACGUCGAAUUUGAGAAAGAAAUUAAAACAGUUUAUUUUUAUAUUUCUUUGAACUUAUAGAUUUAUAUACAAAUUGAUCAGAGGAAUUUUAAGAAAGAAAAUAAAUGACUGCUAUUUUCCACACAUGCUGUAAACGAUGAACUUUUGGAAACACAAGUUUACGAAAGGUGAGAGACACCCAUCUAUCAAACAAGAACCCUUAACAAGGACAAUUAACGAAGAAGCGCAUAACGUAUCCACAAGCAUGAACUCGAGGCAAUCAUCUUCAUCGACCGGUGUGCUAAUGGUAGGACCCAAUUUCAGGGUCGGCAAAAAAAUAGGCAGUGGCAAUUUCGGAGAACUGAGACUAGGGAAAAAUCUUUACACAAACGAGCAUGUCGCCAUCAAACUGGAGCCUCUGAAAACCAAAGCGCCGCAGCUACAUCUGGAGUAUCGGUUUUACAAAUUGCUUGGAAAUGAAGAAGGUGUACCUAAAGUGUAUCACUUGGGAACCUGUGGAGGACGGUACAACGCAAUGGUGUUGGAGUUGCUGGGUCCGAGCCUUGAAGAUUUGUUCACUUUAUGCAAUCGGAGAUUCCGUUUGAAAACUGUGCUGAUGAUAGCCAAUCAGUUGCUGAAUCGUAUCGAAUAUGUCCAUACUAAAAAACUGAUCUACAGAGACAUUAAGCCUGAGAACUUUCUUAUUGGAAGGUCCAGAUCUAAGAAGGAUAAGGUCAUUUACAUCAUAGAUUUCGGAUUGGCGAAGGAAUAUAUCGAUUCUGACACUGGAAAACACAUUCCCUACAGGGAACACAAAUCUUUGACCGGAACAGCACGUUAUAUGAGCAUCAAUACACAUUUGGGUAGAGAACAAUCACGUCGAGACGAUUUGGAAGCGAUAGGUCACAUGUUCAUGUACUUCUUAAGAGGUUCUUUGCCUUGGCAGGGCUUAAAGGCCGACACUUUGAAGGAGAGGUACCAGAAGAUUGGAGAUACGAAAAGAAACACUCCCAUUGAGAUCUUGUGCGAAGGACAUCCCGAAGAAAUGGCUACUUAUCUUAGAUAUGUUAGGAGAUUGGACUUUUACGAACAACCGGACUAUGAAUACUUAAGAAAAUUAUUUAGGGAUUUGUAUGAAAAACGGGGAUAUUCGGAUGAUGACAUUUUUGAUUGGACCGAACGAUUGCAGUAUUCGAAUAAAGAAAAACAAAUAUCUGAACAAGAUUAAGAUGUUUUUAAAAACCACAUGACAUAGUUGCGUUUUCUUCUAAAAAAAUUUUAAUGUGAUAUCAAACGUCUCAUCGAAUUAAAUUACACUUACACGGAGUAUGGAAUAUUUAUUAUACUUUUUACAGUAAGUUAAAUAAAUAUAAAAAUCUCA